GGAAGGAAAAACGACGCAAAUUUUUUGUAAAAGAAAACAAAAACAGUUUAGAAAACCAUUUUGCAUUAAUUUUAGCAACAAAUCAAAAUAAGUGUAUGAAAAACAAUGUGUAUAGCAUUAACACAGCCCCACGCAAUGGAAAUAAAUAAUUUGCUGUGAAAAGCGCGGUAUCCAUGAGACCAGCUGCUGUUGCUGCAGCAACUGCAACAACAGCGAAAUCAACAUAUUUUAAUGUAUAGUGGCUAUUAAAAACCCGCUGGAGCCGCCGCCAACAAGACAACAAAGCAACAACAACAAGAGACAACUACAUAGAGCGCCUCGUCGAACUCAUUGUUUUUUAACUGUGCCCAGCCGGCAGCUGUGAGCUAAAAAUGGAGUGGACCAGAGAAAAGACGCUGCUGUUGAUCAGCGAGUAUCGACAGCGACGUGGACUGUGGGACAUGACAUGCGACGAAUAUCGCAAGAAGGAUGUCAAGCAGCGACUAUUAAAUGAAGUUAGCGAGGUGUUAGGUGGUAAUAUACCAAUACCAGAGCUGGAAAAGAAAUUUCAUACGUUGCGCACACAAUAUCAUCGGGAAAUAAGUCGCAUGAAACGCAAAGAACCAUACAACUCAAAGUGGUUCGGUUUCAAAAAUCUAGUGUUUCUCAGUUCACCAUACGCGUGUCGUUCUACAAAGGGUCGCUUAAAAACGGAGAUACAGUCGCCGGAGAACGCAGAUGUACAAAAGUACGUAUUGGGCGAGAUAACCGGAGGUGCAACAGCAAAGGUAAGCGACAAUAUGAACGAAGACUACAUCAGCAAUGCACGCAAGACUCAUGCCAGCAGUCGUGCGCAUGAGCUGAAAAAACUUAUUGAGGAGACGACCAAAGAUGUGGAUGAAAUUGACGAGGACGAUGAUGAAGAAGAUAGGGAUAUAGAUGACGUGGCGGAGACCAAACCCAAAAUUAGCAAGGUGGUAUGUGAAGAUUUUGUGGAUAUAAACGAUGAAGAGCCCGAACCCCUGGAGCUACAACAGCAGCCGGAACAUACACAGUCUAUUAUGGAAUUGCAUCCCAGGUGCACAUCCGAGGUGGAAACGGUUAGCUUUCAGGCCAAUGAGAGCGGCGAGCUACACUAUCAGUCCUCUACAUCCUCAGCUAAUAGCUCAAGCAUGCAUGUAGGACCUGCGCGCAUAUUGAAGAUACAACGCCGUGAUACAACAAAUCCGGAGGAAGUCUAUUUCAAUGAUCAUCAUACACCACAACAAGUGCAUCCGCCCGCGCACAAGCGUCUUUUCUACGAUCCUAAUUCCACACAUAGCACCACUAUACUCACCACAUCCUCGCUAGCUGCCCCAGCUACAGUGGCACAUAAUGGCAAUGCCAGUAUCACAACCGCUGGAUCCUCAAGCAGCGCGCUGCGCCUGCCACGAUUAAAUCCCAUUGUCAACCAUGCGUCGCUACCGAAUCCCGCCAGCAAUUCGUUACCGCUAUCUCAACCUGCGCAACGCGAUGAAUUCUCUACAUAUGGCGAGUAUGUGGCCAAUGAGAUGCGUGCCAUUGAGAAUCGUGAAGUGCUCACUGCAUUAAAGCACAAAAUUAAUACAGCUAUCUAUGAGGCAAAUAUGUCGGAGCUGCAUAAAUAAUAUAAAUAUAAACUAAUCUUUUUAGCUGCAACAUAUGUAGAUAUAAGUUUAAAAGUUUGAGUCCCGGUUUGGGGACUUUUUGUUUUUUGUUUUAAACUGUAAAUGUUGUAGUUUCAUCGACCAAUACAAAGUUUUGUAUCGAUUUAAUAAUUAAGCCAAAUAUACAAUUUAGUUCAA